AUGGCUGAGGGGCCAGAGAACCCGGUGCCUUCUGCUUCCACAGGAGGCACAGGUGCCUUCUGCAAACCUCACAGGCAGAGGACUCUCUCCCAUACUUAUUUGUUAAAAUGCAAGGAGGCCCGAGUGGGGGGCGGGGUGCAGUUCUUGCAUCUGCUGCAGGCCACAAACCAAAUCGAGCAGCAAGAGUUUACACCCAGGCCUGCGGUGGUCUUCGGCCUGCCCUGCACCUGGGCCACCGACGCCUGCCUGCGAGCCUGCCCUGCCGCCUGCACCUGCAGCAGCGUGGAGCGUGGCUGCUCAGUGCGCUGCGACCGUGCAGGCCUCUUGAGAGUGCCCACUGAGUUUCCGUGUGAGUCGGCCUCCAUCGACCUGGACCGGAAUGGCCUGCGCAUCCUUGGCGAGCGGGCCUUUGGCACGCUGCCUUCGUUGCGCCGCCUGUCGCUGCGUCACAACAACCUGUCCUUCAUCACACCCGGCGCCUUCAAGGGCCUGCCGCGCUUGGCCGAGCUGCGCCUGGCGCACAAUGGCGAGCUGCGUUACCUGCACGCGCGAACCUUCGCGGCGCUUGGUCGCCUGCGCCGUCUGGACCUGGCGGCCUGCCGCCUGUUCAGCGUGCCCGAGCGGCUCCUGGCCGAGCUGCCCGCCCUGCGCGAGCUCACGGCCUUCGACAACCUCUUCCGCCGCGUGCCCAGCGCCCUACAGGGUCUGGCUAACUUGACGCACGUGCAUUUCGAGCGCAGCCGCAUCGAGGCUGUGGCCUCCAGCUCGUUGCGGGGGCUCCGGCGGCUGCGCUCGCUCAGCCUGCAGGCCAACCGCGUGCGGGCUGUGCAUGCCGGGGCCUUCGGCGACUGCGGCGCCCUAGAGCAUCUCCUGCUCAACGACAACCUGCUGGCCUCGCUGCCGGCCGCUGCCUUCCGUGGCCUGCGCCGUCUGCGCACUCUCAAUCUGGGUGGCAAUGCGCUGGGCAGCGUGGCGCGUGCCUGGUUUUCUGACCUGGCAGAGCUCGAGUUGCUUUACCUGGACCGCAACAGCAUCACCUUUGUAGAGGAAGGCGCCUUCCAGAACCUCUCAAGCCUCCUGGCCCUGCAUCUCAAUGGCAACCGCCUCACCGUGCUCUCCUGGGCUGCUUUCCAGCCCGGCUUCUUCCUAGGCCGCCUUUUUCUCUUCCGCAACCCUUGGCGUUGUGACUGCCACCUGGAGUGGCUGCGCGAUUGGAUAAAGGGCUCUGGGCGACUGGUCGAUGUGGCAUGCGCCUCCCCGGGUUCGGUGGCUGGCCAGGACCUCAGCCAGGUGGUCUUUGAGCGCUCCUCUGAUGGCCUGUGUGUGGACCCUUAUGAGCUGAACUUCACCACGUCCAGUCCGGGCCCUAGUCCAGAGCCAGCGGCCACCACCGUAAGCAGGUUCAGCAGCCUCCUUUCCAAGCUGCUGGCCCCAAGGGCCCCUGUGGAGGAGGUAGCCAACACCACCUGGGAGCUGCUCAACAGUUCCCUGUAUGACAGCCUCCCCUCCCAUGGCAUGGUGGUCUUGAGCUGCAAGGCCACGUUUCUCUUCACCUCUUGCCUCUUGCUCAGCCUGGUCCAGUACGUGCUAUUGGGCCUGCCGAGGGACUGA